CUCUUCUGUUGCCGGGAAAACAAAAAUGAGAAGAAGAAAUUAAAGUUUCUUUUUCUCUUCUCCCUGCUUCACUUUUUCUCACACUACCCCAUAACAUAACACACACACAAAAGCUCUGCAAAUAUAAUUUCAAAUUCCGAGAAGCAUACGCCGAAGAACUCGAAUCGAAUCGGUGAUGAUGAUGAUGAAGCGGACUGUUUCAUCGAACUCGGAAGCUCAGAGUUACAGCGAGUCACCACACUCUCCUCUUCGAUUUCAUUCUCCGUUAUCAGAUGCCGGAGAUUUACCGGAGAGCCGUUACGUUUCUCCGGAAGGAUCUCCGUUCAAAAUCGACAAUCCCAAGCCGGCGAACUUAUCCGACGGUAACAAGUUCACGCAGUUCUCGCCUCUUCCUUCCCCGAUUCCGCCUCCUCCUCCUCCUCAGUAUCCGCCGCCUCGACAUCAGAGGAAUGCCAGAGCUCCGAUUAACUCUUCUUCCGAUAAGUCUCCGUCGUCUAUGGUAGUGUUCAAUCGCUGGGUGAGAGAAGACGCUCCGCAAAAUACGACGAGGAAGGUUGACGGCGGAGAAUCGGCGCCGACGAUGACGGUGAACAGAGCAAGAAGAGACGAGUUUGUGAGCGUGACGGCGCUAGCGUUUAGAAUCACCCAAGUUAUUUUGUGUGUGAUUUCGUUUUCAAUCAUGGCGGCUGAUAAAACUCAAGGAUGGAGCGGCGAUUCUUAUGAUCGCUACAAAGAGUACAGGUAUUGUUUGGCUGUGAACAUUAUAGCAUUCGUUUACUCUGCCUUCGAAGCUUGUGACGCUGCUUGCUACGUUGCCAAAGAGAGUUAUAUGAUGAACUGUGGAUUCCACGACUUAUUUGUUUUCUCCAUGGAUCAACUUCUUGCAUAUCUUCUAAUGUCGGCUUCUUCGUGUGCUGCGACUCGAGUUGAUGAUUGGGUUUCUAACUGGGGUAAAGACGAGUUUACUCAGAUGGCAACCGCUUCUAUCGCGGUUUCGUUUUUAGCGUUUGGAGCGUUUGCCGUCAGCGCUUUGAUUUCUUCUUACAAGCUCUUUACUCAUGCUUCAUCCUAGUUGUGUUGCCUAGCCUGAGACCAAAUGUUACUCUAUAUCUAUGUACAGUCUCUCUUAUAGCUUAGAAUGGUAAUGUGUGAUACAAGUUUUAAUAUAUGAAAAUAAAGCAUGCAAUCAUCAAA